CAAGUGGCCUCCGUAGAGCCAAUCCUCUUCUUCCACUGAUACGUGGGCGUCAUCAGUAGUGAGUAGUCCAAGAUGGCGGACGUGAAGCUGCACUAUUACUAAAACCACAUUUAGUUCGUCAAGUUAACUUUAUGAAUAGGGUGCGUCACUAAAGUGUACUUUCUUACACUGGACCAUCAUCCACUUUGAAAUGAAAGGGAAAGAACGAUCGCCGCUGAAAAAACGCUCACGGAUAAUCGAUGAUCUCCGAGAUCGCGGAGGCCACCUCACCAAGAAGCUAGGUCCACUGUCGGGCACCAGCAGCGGCAGCAACAACGGGAAUAGUUCGGUUAACAGUCACAUUUCUGCAAGAAGAAGUUUGCCGAGCGAAAAGAGGGACAUGAGGGACGCGGAAGGACACCACACGGGCCGGACUGGGGCCAACCAUGACUAUGGAAGUAACAACGCCAGCUCCAGCAACAAAGUGCACGGUAGCAUUGACCUCGCUACCGAGGCCAGCUCCGCUCCCCGGACCAAUGCACGCGGCGACGCGCGGACCCCCAGCUCCGAGAGUGAGUACAAGACGCUUAAAAUCAGUGAGCUGGGGUCGCAGUUGAACGACGAAGAAAUUGAAGACGGACUAUUUCAUGAAUUCAAAAAAUUCGGAGAUGUAAGUGUCAAAAUAAGUCGAGUUGGCGACCAGAGGGUGGCGUUUGUGAAUUUCAGAAGGCCCGACGACGCCAAGGCGGCCAAACACGCACGCGGCAAGUUGGUGCUCUACGAUCGACCACUGAAAAUUGAGCCCGUGUUCAUGAAUCGUCGUAGAAGCCGUUCUCCCGUGUCGAGUUAUCCUCCCGGGCACCGUAACGUACAUGCCCAAAGAGCCAUGUCACCCACUGGUUUAGGCUACAGAGACUACCGACUACAGCAGCUAGCGCUGGGCCAUCUCCCCCCGCCUCAUGUGCCACCACCACCCAUCCACCUAAGGGACCUAGAAAGAGACAGAGAGUUUUCUAUUUUCGAAAACCGGAACAGGCCUCCCUUUAUCCCCGAGUGUGCCCCUUUCAGAGAGGAGGAUCUCAUGUCCCCUGAAGACGACCAGAGAGCAAACCGGACGUUGUUCUUAGGAAACCUUGACAUUACUGUGACUGAUCAGGAUCUGCGCAGGGCGUUUGACAGAUUCGGUGUCAUUACCGAAGUGGACAUAAAGCGGGCAGUGCGCGGACAGAACAGCACUUAUGGCUUUUUAAAGUUUGAAAAUCUUGACAUGGCCCACCGGGCCAAAGUGGCCAUGUCGGGGAAAGUGGUGGGUCGCAACCCUAUUAAAGUGGGCUACGGUAAAGCCACGCCUACGACCAGGCUUUGGGUCGGGGGGCUCGGGCCCUGGGUUCCGGUGGCGGCUCUUGCCCGAGAGUUUGACCGCUUCGGUACCAUCAGGACUAUAGACUACAGAAAGGGAGACCCCUGGGCCUACAUCCAGUACGAGAGCCUCGACGCUGCCCAGGCCGCCUGCACCCACAUGCGUGGCUUCCCCCUGGGUGGCCCAGACCGGAGACUGAGGGUGGACUUUGCAGAGACGGAGCAGCGGUACCUGCAGCAGUACAUGCAGCACCUCCCCCUGCCCCCCUACGACCUGGUCCCGGAGGCCUUCGACCACCGCCCGCCCCCGGAGUCCCUGAGGGUCCGUGAGAGGUCUCCGCCCGGCCCCCUGCGCUUCAGAGAGAGGGACCUCUACCCCGGCAACGACUGGCCCGGCCUCGACGUCCACGACCGGGCCCGUGGUCCGGGCUUCGAGCCCAUCGACCACCUGGAGAGACGCGCCCGGGAGACGUGGUCCCUGGAGCGUGAGCUGCGAGACCGCAAGCGGAGACCCCUGGACGACGGCCGGCGCCCCGACCGCUCGCCGAACGGCGGGGACUUUGUUCGCCGUCGCCGCGGGAACUCGCUGGAGCGCAGCCCCGGCGGAAUGGGCCGCUACGGGGACCCGGAGCGGGGCCCCCACCCAGGCAGACUCUCUCCUGGCAGGGAGCACCAGAGCCUGGACCCGACCGGGCCCUCAGAGAAGAGGAGGAGGACGCUCAGCCCCCCCGCGGCCCCGGGCACCAGCACGGACAGAGACCGCAAGCGCAAGGCCGGGGACCCGUGUCGGAGCCCCAUGCGUAGGGGGGACCCCUCCCACCCGCCUUUCCUCUCCAACAACUCGUCCUCCAAGGCGGCGCUGCCCUCAAAGCAAGGGGCGGGGUCCCAGAAGCUGUCCCAGGCCUGGCAGGGCGUGCUCCUGCUGAAGAACAGCAGCUUCCCCACCACCGUGCACCUGCUCCAGGGGGACAUGGCGGUGCCGGCCUCCCUGCUGGUGGAAGGCACCAAAGGCGGCCCGGUGUCCCAGCUGAAGAUCAGCCAGCGUCUGCGCCUGGACCAGCCCAAGUUGGACGAGGUGAGCCGCCGCAUCAAGGCCUCGGGGCCCGCCGGCCACGCCGUCCUGCUCGCCGUCCCGGGGAAGACGGAGGACGGGCGCCAGGACAGCAGCAACAGCUCCACGGAGAGGCCGCUGAAGAACCUGGUGUCCUACCUGAAGCAGAAGGAGGCGGCGGGGGUGAUCAGCCUCCCUGUGGGGGGCAACCGAGACAAGGAGCGCACGGGGGUCCUCCACGCGUUCCCACCGUGCCCGUUCUCGGAGCAGUUCCUGGACGCGUCCUCCAAGGCCUUCGCCCGCUCAGAGGAGGAGUACCUGCUGAUGAUCGUUAUCAGAGGAGCCUCCUGAGUGUGCUCGUCCCCCCACCCCCCCCCCCCAAGAAUGGUUGUCUUUUAACAACUGAGCACUGCUAUUUUUUUUUAUUCUAUGAGUUGCAUAACUAGGCGGGUGGAACAGUCCAUCCUUCCAGGUGGAAUACAUAGAUGUGAUUUAGCGUUUGAGUGUCGGACUGCUUAAGAGAAAAAAUGUCGAGGCUUUGAUUUUUAAUUAACUUCCAGGGCGGCCUGUACUCCAUUCAGCCGAAGCAAAGUUUGUAGUCGGCCAAUAUUUCACGAUGCAUUGUAUUUAGCUGAAGGAUUUGAUUAGUAUGAAUUAACGCCCCCCCCCCCAUUCAUUUCCACCCCAAAAAAAGCUAACUACAUUGAGAACAAGGCUUUUUGUUGUAUCAAUCUUUGUUGCCGCAGUAGAGUUUAAGUUCAUUCCUUAAGUCUGUCAUUAUGUUGACCAACUGUACAAAAGAAAAUUUAUAAAAAUCUAUUUGACAACUCAAAAAGUAUAACUCAAUGUGUUAUGGUUUGCAAGUGUCAAGAACAGUUAAAGUACGAUGAAGAUUUCUGUGAAGCCAUUGCAGUCAAUGUUUUUUUUUUUCUAUUCAGAUUUCAUGCAAACAUAAGAUGCUAAAGGAACCCAACUCAUUAUUUGACAUCUCUACCUUUACUCGGUCAAACUCACACAAUCUGAGAAGCAACUUUUAAGCAUAAUUUAAUUGUUAAAUAUACAAAUAUUAGGCCUAAUUAAUUACUAUUGGGCUUUCACAAGGUUCCCUGAUUGUUUGUCAUUCCAUAUUAUGUUGACUUGCAUUGUAAGAAGUGUUUAUUGAAUAAGUCAUGGGUGAAGUGUGUUAUUGGCUAAACUUCUUUGGGGAUAAAGAUUUCAUCAGUCCGAUAAUGGUUUUGUAAAUACUGUGACCAUCUAGAUGUGGUAGGCUUCAUGAGCUGGUAUGGAAACCACACUUUAACUAGCAAAUUGGUUAAAUUCAAAUAGGGUUUCCCUACAGUCCUACCAUACCAUUUGGCGUCUAAUCAUAGUAAUCUUUCAUUGGACAACUAAUCAAACAUUUCUAAUCUUCAUUUGCUAAAGUUAAUCAAUACUGAUCAUUCAAGGGCAUUCAUUUAUUGUCCGCAACUAUUAAGAAAUAUGAUCUUUGGUCAAAUUGUUGUUAGUGCUGGUUGGAAUUUUUUUUAAUUGAAAUCUUAACAAGUGACUCAUCAGUUGGUCAACCUACCGGUCAGAUAAUUGAUU